UUUUGUAAUCACAACAUGAUCUCGUGUGCUGAGCAGUGAAGCCGGCAGGGAGAGGCCGGCAAAGGCCCCGGCUCCGGCUCCCGUGGCUCUGCAGCUCCGGCUUCCCUCCUGCUCUGGCUCCCCUGGGGCUGUUCUGGAAUUCUCUCGGUGCCCACUGUUACCAUGCACUCAGCUGGGCCUCACAGAGCCGAGUCACCCAUGAGCAGGCAGGAAGAGAAGGAUGCUGAGCUGGACCGGAGGAUAGUUGCCCUUCGAAAGAAGAACCAGGCCUUACUACGUAGGUACCAGGAGAUCCAGGAAGACCGGCGGCAGGCAGAGCAGGGGGGCAUGGCCGUGACCACAGCAGAAUUCCUCCAGCCUGAUGGCCUCACUGUCACUAUCAGCCAGGUUCCUGGUGGGAAGCGGGUGGUCAGCCGGAACUGGGCAAGACCCCUCAGACCUGGAGCAGCCGACGAAAUGCUUGAGGAUGAGGGAGGGGAUGACCACACUGGUACUUUCUGUCUGGGGGAGCGGGUGGAGCUGGCUGUGACCAUGGAAAACAAAGCCGAGGCCAAGCGGAUCGUGAGUGAGAAGCCCAGCAGAGCAAGGAACCAGGUCGCAGAAGAGUCACGUGGAAGGGGCUUGGGCCGGACCCCCUCCAUGCAGAUGCCCGUCAGCUCGGAUUCUGCACAGAAAAGUACUCGGGAGUCCCAGAGUCCAGGACUGGUCCCAGGCUCAGCUCCUCACCGGCCCAUGGGGGGACCCUUGGAGGUGGGCUGGGACUACGCCCAGUGGAAGCAGGAGCGGGAGCAGAUCGACUUGGCUCGUGUGGCCAGGCAUAGAGAUGCACAGGGUGACUGGCGUCGGCCAUGGGACCUGGACAAGACCAAGCCCACGCUACAGGACUCCAGCAAGCUUCGGGAAGAGGGCCUGGCCAGGGUGGGCGGCACCAGGGGUCCCAGGAGCCACCGGAAAUCACAACCCCCACCACUGUCCCUUGAUGGUAAAGGUGGUACUACUCGGGGUGGGCAACCCAGCAGACCCUCAGUGGUGUCGGCCACACGAAGCAAAGCCCGGGGGACAGAGAGGCUGACCGGCAGGGCCCGCAGGUGGGAAACAAAGGAAGUCAAGGAGGAGCUGCAGAACCAGGAGGGAAGCCAAAGUACCAGAAAGACCUGGAGCGAGGAGGAACCUUCACAGAAGCAGAGCCCAACGGAGCUGGGCCGGCCCACAAGUGCCCCAGCAACUAGCCCAGCCCCCGGGGACCCAAAAAGGGAAUCAGGAGCCUCCAUUGCCAGUCCAAACCCUAGCUCUCCACAAAACACUGACUUAGUUCCCCUUGACCUUUCUCUUGGAGGGGCCAGUAGCCCUCGGUCCGGGGAGAGUACGUGUGUACUCACUCUAAGGCCUGGGGCCCAGGAGAACCCUGUGUCCUUGCCACCACCAGAUGGUUCUGAACAGAUCCUGGGGUGUAAUGACACCCAGGCUGAGCCAGAAGUACAGCUUAGUUCUGAGCCACAGGGAGAAGCAAGGCCCCUAGAGCCCAGAGAAGACAGGUCUGGCAAGGCUGGGGCCCAGCAGGCCUUGGCACCACGAAGCAGGCCGCCCAGAGGAAUGGGCCAAAGGGCAAGGGGCACAAGAGGUAUGAGAAGCAGGACAGGAGGGCCUGGCCCUGCAGGAAGAUGCUGAGCAAAACUCCUGGGAGCACAAGGGCCGGGCUGGGGAGAGGAAGAGGGAAGAACAGAGGCGGGAGUCUGGUGUGGGAUGGGUGUGUGGAUGCAGGUGGCUUGUGGCCGUCUGGCUGCACAGCUGGGCAAACUCUCCAGUGGGGGGGACACUGGGAGGGCAAGGAGCUGUCCUUCCUUGCACCUCAUGGGCACAUCACUGGGCAUGUCCCGUGUAUAGGUGUGUUUUUACCUGCAGGUAAAGGUCUUGGUAUAGUCCUAUGCCACUCCUGGUCUCUGAGACUGGUGAGCCCCGUCCUGGGUCUAUUGCCACCCAGGCCACAAACUUCUUCCCUGCCAUGGCAAGGUGAGGCUCAGAAGCACUCAGCACCUGGCACUCCAGGCCUUUCUCACCCCGAGGCCUGGCUUCUCUUUCCACCUAUAGCUUUGGCUCCUUGGGUGUAGGCAGCCUCAGGAGCCAGCAGGCCCAGUCCAGGAGGCCUGGGCUCCUUCCCCUGCCUCUGCCUUGCGCCCAGGUGACUCACAGUCCCCACACUCCCAGGAUGGUGAAACCAGGGGAAUCUCAGCCAUCAGCUGUCAGCCUCUGGCCUUUCUGCAAGAGAAGACCCAGGCUCGAAGAAAGGGAGGCCACAGCAGGUAGGGACCGAGCUGGGGACAGAAGAGCAGAGCCUUUGCCAAAGAGAGAGUCCCUGGGAAGGCCUCGUCUCUAAAACAGCCUGGCGUUGGGUGGGGAGAGGACAGCCUUCUCCCCACAGAAGGAUGGGAGGGUUCAUGAUCAGGGAUACCCUCCCCCAUACCCAGGCCAGACAUCAAGUGUACCAUCAAGACAGCAUUGAGGCGGUGCAGAGGGCAGCCCAGGGCCAUUUCCUGCCGUCUCCUACUUCCUCUUCCCUGCCACCCGCCUGCACUACCAGCACACCAAAGCAAGGACUCAGACAAGGGA